AUGGAGGUAGCUACGGACCAGCCACGCUGGAUGGCCCAUCACGCCGUGCUGAAUGGGCAGCACCCGGAGAGUCACCACCCGGGACUGGCUCACAACUAUAUGGAACCGGCGCAGCUCCUACCUCCGGACGAAGUGGACGUCUUUUUUAACCACCUGGACUCCCAGGGCAACCCGUAUUACGCCAACUCGGCCCACGCGAGAGCCAGAGUUUCCUACAGCCAGGCGCACGGUAAAUUUCGCCUCCCCCCCCGUCUGACCGGCGGCCAAAUGUGCCGGCCUCACUUGCUCCACAGCCCCGGCCUGCCUUGGCUGGACAGCGGCAAAGCGGCGCUCUCGGCGGCUCACCACCACCACAACCCCUGGACGGUGAACCCCUUCACCAAGGGGCCCUUGCACCCUUCGGCGGCCGGCGCGCCGCCCGGCGCCCUCUCGGUCUACCCGGGCGGCGGCGGCGGCGGCGGCUCCGCCUCGAGCGCCGCCUCGGCCUCCUCGCUCACGCCGGCCUCGCACUCGGCCUCGCACCUCUUCGGCUUCCCGCCGACGCCGCCCAAGGAAGUCUCGCCGGACCCCAACGCGGGCAGCAGCGCCGCCUCGCCGGCCUCGGCUUCGGCCGGCGGCAGCAGGCAGGACGACAAGGAGCCCCUGAAGUACCAGGUGGCCCUGGCGGACGGCAUGAAGAUGGAGAGCGCCAGCCCGCUGCGCAGCAGCCUGGCCGCCUCCAUGGGCGCGCAGCCCUCCACGCACCACCCGAUCCCCACCUACCCUUCCUACGUGCCCGCCGCCCACGACUACGGCGGCAGCCUCUUCCACCCGGGCAGCUUCCUCGGGGGGCCCGCCUCGAGCUUCACCCCAAAGCAGAGGAGCAAAGCCAGGUCCUGCUCAGAAGGCAGAGAGUGUGUCAACUGUGGAGCUACUGCCACCCCUCUCUGGAGAAGAGACGGUACCGGGCAUUACCUGUGUAACGCCUGCGGGCUGUACCACAAAAUGAACGGUCAAAACCGACCUCUCAUUAAACCUAAGCGGAGACUGUCAGCAGCUAGGAGAGCAGGAACCUGCUGCGCUAACUGCCAAACCACCACCACCACUUUAUGGCGACGUAAUGCCAAUGGGGAUCCAGUUUGUAAUGCCUGUGGACUGUAUUACAAAUUGCACAAUGUGAACAGGCCCCUGACCAUGAAGAAGGAAGGGAUUCAGACCAGAAAUAGGAAAAUGUCCAACAAAUCCAAGAAGAGCAAGAAAGGCUCUGAAUGUUUUGAGGAACUGUCUAAAUGCAUGCAGGAGAAGUCCUCACCUUUCAGUGCUGCUGCCCUGGCUGGUCACAUGACGCCCAUGGGCCACUUGCCACCCUUCAGCCACUCUGGACAUAUGCUCCCAACUCCCACCCCCAUUCACCCAUCUUCCAGCAUCUCAUUUGGGCAUCCACAUCCAUCCAGCAUGGUCACAGCUAUGGGAUAG